AUGCCUGAGAACCUAGGAUGCGUGCUGGUGGCCAUCGAUGGCAGCAAAGAGAGCAUGAACGCUUUAAAUUGGGCAAUCGAUAACGUCAAGCUUCGUCCCGAGGGAUCUAUAAUAAUUAUUCAUGUUCAAUCACCACCAUCAAUCGCCGUCGGUCUCAAUCCCGGUGCUAUCCCCUUCGGUGGCCCUAGUAGUGUGGAGGUGCCGGUGUUUACUGAAGCUAUUGAGGCGCACCAGCGGCGGAUUACUGAUGCUAUCAUAAAUCAUGCUAUGAAGAUUUGCGCCGAUAAGAAUAUGGAAGUGAAGACACAUAUAGUGAUUGGGGAUCCUAAGGAAAAAAUAUGUGAAGCAGUUGAGGAGUUGCAUGUUGAUUUGCUUGUAAUGGGAUGCCGCACUUUUGGUCCUAUCAAGAGGAUGUUUUUGGGAAGUCUUCAUUGGAGGAUCCUGGUCAACACAAGUCAAUGUUCUUCUAAUAAGCUUCCAUUCUUGGCAAAAGCUAUAGUAUCUGGUGCCAAAAUUUGGAGUCGGUUUUGUGGGUUUGUCCUGAGGCCACUGCACCUUACCCUUUCAGAGUGUGAAAGGGAAUACCAUAUAGGGUGUUUGAGGGCACAUAAGAAGAUGGAUCUGAAGGUGUGCUUUCAUUUUGGAGGAAUCAGAAUCGGAAUCACCAAUUCUGAUGUGAAGUGGAUUGUUUUCCUUGGGAAAGAUGUUUCUGAUGACAACAAAGCGUUGCUUUCACAAGCGGUUGAUAUCUUCAGUCAUUUUCAUAAUAAAAAAUAACUUAUAUUAUAUAUGCGUGGUUUUGGUAUAGUUGAGUGAAUACAGACAAACAUUGACAUCAAUGGUGACGUUCUAAGUAACAUCUUUGUUAGAAAUGGAGGUGGUGGGUCCUCAAGGUGGAAUUACUUUUCAUGAUGAUUUUCGUUUUAGUCUUUGCAUUGAGAAGUAAAGUAAACAAUGAAUGAAUGAUUAAUGAAUACCUUUUGGUGGAU